CAGUAACUAUGUUUGCGCCGUAGGAACACAACGCGCGCGUAUUUUUAAUCUGUUUCUUUUAUCACGGUAUUUCGCGCCAACUGUUACAGUUCGAAUCAACGCUAAUAAUUAUUGUGAUAUAAAAACAUCUGUGUUAUGUGGACUGUAUAGUAAAUAAAUAAUUGUAUAGGUGUGGUUAUUAAUAUUAAUUAAAAUGUCAGAAGAAAAAAGCGACUCCGCGCCUUUCGUAAAAAAUGGUGUCAAACCCGUGGUUACAAAGAUGUCCUUCCCAGAAAAAGCUGAAAAGCCGGGCAAGGAAGGCAGAGGAAAGGCGUUCAAACAAGUUAUUGCUUCGUUGAUAGCAAAUAUAGGCACAAUUAACACGGGCAUGGCUUUUGGUUUUUCGGCGAUGGCUUUACCACAGCUCAAGAGUGCGGACUCCUUGAUACAAAUAACCGAAAACGAAGCAAGUUGGAUAGCUAGUUUGAGUUCAGUGGGAACACCAAUAGGAUGCAUACUGAGUGGAUAUUUGAUGGACAACAUUGGACGAAGACGAACCCUCAUUCUCACAGAGGUGCCGCUAAUACUGGGAUGGCUCUUAAUAUCGGCUGCGCAAAAUGUUCCUAUGAUUUACGUCGGUCGCUUGCUGAUCGGCUUAGGCUCCGGCAUGGUGGGUGCACCAGCGAGGGUGUACACCUGCGAGGUGUCUCAGCCGCAUCUCAGAGGCAUGCUUGGCGCCAUGGCUUCCGUUGGCGUUUCUACUGGUGUGUUAAUUCAGUAUGUGAUAGGCAGCGCAACGUCGUGGGACAUACUUGCAGGGAUCAGUGCAAUAAUCCCCAUGGUAUCGCUCCUGGGGAUGCUGAUAUUGCCAGAGACGCCUAACUACCUUCUCUCGCACGACAAGAGGGAGAAAGCAGAGAAAUCUCUUUCAAAGCUCAGGGGAUCUACGUGUAACUUAAAUGAUGAAAUACAGAAGAUGAUUACAUUUAAAGAGAAGAAUCAUGUUGAACCAUUGAAGUCGCCCCGAGAAAUAUUUAAGGCCUUGAUAUCUCCGUCCACAUUAAAACCGUUCAGUAUUUUAGCGCUCUACUUCUUCAUCUACCAAUGGUGUGGAGUUAAUACCAUCACUUUUUAUGCCGUUGAAGUUUUUGAGGCGUCCGGUGCAUCGUUGGAUAAGUAUUUCUUAACAAUAUCAAUGGGGGUCCUGCGUGUAAUAUUCACCGUGGUUGGUUGUGUACUUUGUCGGCGAUGUGGAAGGCGUCCUCUCACCUUCGUCUCAGCUCUUGGUUGCGGUUCCACCAUGGUAGUACUAGCGACGUACCUCUAUUACGUGCAGUAUUGGAAAGCUAACAACCUGCCGCCCCAGUAUUCCUGGAUACCUGUCGCCAGUAUAUACCUGUUCAUGAUAUUCUGUACCUUGGGCUACCUCAUCGUGCCCUGGAUCAUGAUCGGAGAAGUCUAUCCAACUCAGGUGCGAGGUAUAGUGGGUGGUUUGACCACCUGUGCAGCUCACCUGUCCAUAUUCUCUGUGGUCAAGACCUUCCCCUAUCUCAAGCACUCACUGAACGACUACGGCACUUUCGGACUUUAUGGUGCCAUGUCAUUAGCUGGUACUGUGUUCUUUUACAUAUUUUUACCGGAAACCAAGGGCCGAACACUUCAAGAGAUAGAAGACUACUUCUGUGGUAGAAUUAAAUCUCUGUCUAAGAAGAACGUACAAACGGAAGUUGCGUAGAGAUUUAAAUAUGACCGAGAGGUUACUAAGCGUCUACAUGAGAAAAGGAGCGACACGGGAAACAUAACACUGAACCUUAGAAUUUAAAAACGAUCUAUUCGUUGUUAAGCCGUGUUAAUUUUUAAUUAUAGACUGCUUGAUAGAUAUUAAAUGAAGUUAGAAUACCACGCAAUAUUUAAAAUAGCUGAAGUUUUUAAUUAAACUCGCUUCAAAGGGCUGAUUGUAAAAGGAACCUGCGCCGAUGUGGUCCCGGAUGGACGCUGGUAAAAAUUUAAUUUAUAUUUUAGCUGUGAUGAGAUUUUUAAUGGAGACAUCCUAAAGGACAUAUAGAUUGUUGUGGAUAAAAGUAUGCAAAUUUAAUACAGCUUUAUGCAAGCAAUCUUAUAAGCUGUUUCCUCACCAUCGAACUACACUACUGAAGCUUAAAUAUAAUUCUAUCCUACCAUCUGAAUAACCCUGUGAUCCUGGAAAAGUCCCGGCGGGGAUGGACUUCUAAAAGGUGAGCUAUAAGCUCGGUUGAUAUUAAAUUUUCUAACUUCAGAAAUUAUAGUUCGUCGUUAUGUUUUCUUGAGCCUAAGUUCUUACUGAGUAUACUUUCAAACUAGUUUCAAUUCAACCAGAAAUUUUAAAGCUCAAUUUAGUCAGAUGUUUAAUUAAUACAUAUCAAUAAAUUCAUAUUGAAUUGCCGGCCCGAUACCAUUUCAAUUCAAUUUACCUUGUAGAUAUCCUUAACAGAAAGUCGUAUAAAGGGAUAUUUUCAACGUAAUCAACCUAAACAGAAUAAUAUUCAUAUAGUCACAAAACAAUUGUUGUUUAUUUUGUAAGUAGUUCGUUUAUGUACAGAGAUUAUUUAGUUAAAUAAUAGUUUCAAUAAAACGUUAAUCAUUCAGCAAAAUAAAAUGUUAGAAUUUAAAUCCAAAUAAAACUUGACCAAAUCGUCUCAAGAUGAAAUGUUUAUGUAUUGUUUGUCUCUCCGUAAUAGCCUAAACACAUGGUCAAAUUUGGUCAGACCAUCUGAGGCGGUCCGGUAGUAGACCAUUUUGAAUGGUAUAUCGCACAAAUACAAUUAAUAUUAUUACCACCCAGACUGUACCGAGUAUAAGACCGGACCAUAUGCUUAUGCUAUAAGACAGACGAAGGCAACUUGAUAAGCUCGUAAACAGAUAACAGACCUAUUUUCAUAAUGUUUGCUAAUUCAGUAGUGCAAUUAUAUAAUUAAAGAUAAUAUAGGUAUAUACCUAUAUUAUCUUUGUAAGUACCGAUUUAUAGUUGAGCCGUUACAUAUACUUUCUUAACAAUGUUAAAAAAAAAUAUAAUCUAUAUGAUUUAACGCUGAGUACAAAUUGAACUUCAAACUGAAUGUAUCCUAGCAAAUGUUUAUUCAACUACUUAUAUGUUCCAAUCGUGGAGCAGAGAGAGAUUUCGGAAAACGACCUUUAUUACCUGUCCUUGUCGCUUAAAUACUCUAAUUAUCAUUCUAUCCCACUCACACUUUCACCCAAAUGUGACAGUGUACGAAUUUCUUUGUACUCAGCGUCCGUAGCAUGAAUUGAUUGUGAAGGAUAGAUCUAACAUCAUCUGUAUGGUAAGAAUUAGUAUCAGAAUGAGCUAAUUUUGCUAGUAACUUAUUCGUAAUAAUGUAAAGUGAGCUGAGAAUUAUCAAUAAAGUAUUAUUAUUUAUGUCCGUCCGUCCUGAUUUUGUCAAAUCUGAGACUAAGGCUGAAAUAUACAGAGCGUACUCAGACUUUGCUCAGAAUUUACUUACGUAAAACGUAGCCUAUUUUUAUAUUCAUUUGACAGUUGAAAUUAUUCUGUGCUUAAGCUAAGACGGCACAAUACAAAAGUCAAAUUCGCAUUUUAUCAAACUCAGCUAUGUUAUACGUAAGUAAAGUCUGAGCAAAUUAUAAGUACGCUCUAUAGAUGUCAGACUUAAUAUCUGACGUCUCCAGGUCACGAACCCUAUCGUCAGAGUCGCUCAGAACUUCUUGUAAUGUAAUUACAUUGUAAUGGUCAGGGCCUAUCUUUAUCAUCAGGUGGCAGUCUUGCUUAACUCUUCACUUUUUAAAUAAAACACUUUUAAAGUAAUUGUAACUGUUUUUUGCAUUAGAUUUUUGCGUAAAGACCUUUCCAGAUGUCGUUUUCAGGGGGACUGGAGUUGAAAUUAGUGCUAUUUGCUGUAGACAGAUGGUUUUUGGCAAAAUUAACUGAGUGUCCUCUUUUUAGUAUGUGUAGUAUUGGGUUUAAUUUAGAUUUAGAGAUUAUUUAAAAUGUAACUUUUACGCAAAAAUCUAAUGUAAAAACAGAGUUAAAAUUACAACUAUUUUAAUCCUUUAAGAUUACACUAAUCAAGGAAAAUACUAUCGUCACUUUUUAUCAUAAAAAAAAAUAAUAAUAAAAGCCUAUGUAUUUAUUAAUAUGAAAGAAAAUUAUUUAGGGAUGUUCCUAGAUCGAUACAACCUUAUCCCACAGUAUUUCAUCAACAAGUAUAAUGUUUAUGAAUGUAAUGUACCUUUUAAAUAAACGUGGUAUAAAGUUAUACCUUAUAAUAAACCAAGACUAUGCAAAAUUUUGGCUAUAUCGCUGGAAACACUAUCAAUACUUCUGAAGUUUUCUGAAUGUUAAGCAGUCUUGCAAAUAAACGCGGGAAACGUUAUACGUCCGAAUAAACCAACCGUAAGCAAAUUUUGAAAACAUUUGGUUUAUUCCAUAGUAUAACUUUAUACAAAUUUUAGUAAUUGUCAGGCCGUUAGAGUUUACAUAUUAGCGAUAUGAUGAAAUCAGGACCUAAAUAAUGUAUUCAGUGCCAUGUUUUCAUAUAAACUUAAUAAUAUUUAUUUUAAUGUAGUAAUAGAAAAUUUAUAGAUCCUAUAUGCGUAAUAUUUUAUUAGAUAGUUAAUGCUUUGUGAUUUAGAAAAUAAUACUGCUGUUAUAAUUUUGAUAAAGAAAUAUUUGAAUAUUAAAAAAGCUGUGAUACAAUAAAAACAAAGAUAAUUAAUAAAAAAUGAAAUUAA